AUGUCGAACAAAACAGGCGAACUGGUAGUAAAAACGGAAGCAAAGCAUGCUGUCGCCGAGAAGAUAAGUGCGGACGCGCGACAUACUUCAAACUCAAGCUCGGGAGACUCUGUCGAUGAUAUCGACGGCGACUAUGGUUCUUAUGGGUUUCAUGUCUUCGCAGAUCCAGCAGUCGCCGCUCACUGGGCGGCUGUCUAUGACAAGGCUAGCUAUGAAGGCAGGCACCGAUUCGAUCCAGCUUUUACAUGGUCGGCCACGGAGGAGAAAGCCGUCCGAAAGAGAGUUGAUUACCGCAUUAUGCUGUGGUGCUGGUGGAUGUUUGUGGCUCUCGAGCUCAACAGGCGCAACAUUAACCGCGCAAUCUCGGACAACAUGCUACCUGAACUCGGCAUGACCACGAACGACUUCAAUUAUGGGCAGACAAUAUUUCUACUCUCCUUCCUGGCUGCAGAACUACCAUCCGGGCUUAUCUCGAAAAAGCUUGGACCAGAUAUCUGGAUACCUAGUAUCAUCUGUAUGUGGAGCAUUAUCUCAGCAGCCCAAGCUGGUAUCACGAGCAAGACUAGCUAUUAUGUGAUAAGAUGCCUCUUGGGCUUACUUAUGGGCGGAUUCAUACCUGACACAGUGCUCUACAUCACAUAUUGGUACAAGAAGAAAGAGCUUUCCAUCCGCCUUUCGUGGUUCUGGACGGUUUUGUCGGUCUGCAACAUCGUCGGCUCUCUUCUAGCUGCGGGCAUUCUUCAGAUGCGCGGAAUUGGUGGAUGGUCAGGCUGGCAGUGGCUGUUCUUGAUCGAGGGACUCUUCACACUCAUCAUUGGCAUACUCUCCUGGCACUUCAUGCCUGCCUCGCCUGCACAAUCUGCUGGUCGAUUUCGCGGUGGCCGCCACAGUCCAGGCUGGUUCAACGAGCGCGAGGAGAAAAUCCUGGUCAACCGGCUACUUCGCGACGACCCAUCUAAAGGUGAUAUGCAUAACCGUCAAGCAGUUACACUUCCUCUCCUAUGGAAGGCGCUCAAAGACUACGACCUAUGGCCGCUGUACCUUCUCGGACUAACCACAUUCAUUCCUGCCACGACCACACAGAAUUACCUGGCACUCAUUUUACGCACCAUGGGCUUCAGCACUUUCAACGCAAAUUUGCUGACGAUUCCCUCUCAAUUCCUUUACGGGACCAACCUGCUCAUCAUUACCUGGUUUUCAGAACGUGUCAAUGAACGCGCAAUGGUAGCAUCAAUCGCAAACUGGUGGUUCCUGCCUUUCCUAAUUGCCUUGGUCGUUCUUGGUACCUCCGCAUCCAAUUGGGUACGUUACGCUCUUCUCUCAGGUCUUCUCUCAUACCCGUAUCAACACGCCAUUCAGGUUGCCUGGAACAGCCGAAACAGCAAUAGUGUCCGAACACGUGCCGUCAGCGCAGCGCUCUACAACAUGUUCGUCCAGAGUGGGAAUAUCAUUGCUAGCAAUGUCUAUCGCGAGGAGGAUAGGCCGUUCUAUAUCAGCGGCAACAAAGUAUUGCUAGGUCUCACCUGCUACAAUCUGGUGUUGUACGGGCUUGUCAAGUUUUACUACGUGAAGCGUAAUGCGCAUCGAGAAAGGAUCUGGAACAAGAUGACGGCUGAGGGGAAGAAUGACUAUAUUCAUAACACCAAGGAUGAGGGUGCGAAGAGGUUGGAUUUCAGAUUCGCGCAUUAA